AUGGGUCCUAAACGAAAGAGUGUUCCAGAGGCAGCGGCAGCAGGUGGGGCUGAUCCCGCACUCGUACAGAUGUUGGCUCUCAUGCAGCAGCAAAUGGCAAAUCUUGCAGCACAACAGCAGCGACCCCCAGCUCCUCCAGCUGUAACUUUUAAAACAUUUCAGGCAGUUCAUCCACCAGAGUUCAAGGGUGCUGCAAACCCGGUAGAGGCCAGUGGAUGGCUCAAGGAGAUAGAAAAAGCAUUUGAUCUAGCAAAUGUGGGGGAGGAACAAAAGACCCAGUUUGCUAGCUACUUUUUAAAGAAUGAGGCAAAUUACUGGUGGGAAUCGAAGAAAGCCUUAGAGGGAGGUAACGUAAUUACGUGGGAAAGAUUUAAAGUAUUGUUCUUGGAAAAGUACUUCCCUAGGCACAUGCAGAAUCAGAUGGAGAUUAAGUUUCUGGAGCUUAAGCAAGAUGAUAUGAGUGUAGCAGAUUAUGAGGUCCGCUUCACGGAAUUGGCAAGGUUCGUUCCGGAUCAGGUUGAUACGGACGAAAAGAGAGCUAAACGAUUUCAGCAAGGGCUGAAGGAUUGGAUCCGUGGUAGAGUGGCCAUGUGUGAAAUGACGUCGUAUGUUUCCAUAGUUCAAAAGGCCAUGAUUAUUGAAAAUGAAAGUGAGAUGUCCCAAAGAAAUAGAGAGGGGAAAAAGAAGAAGGUGGAGGCUCCAGAAGGAAGUCAGAGGCAAGGGAAUUCUCAGGGCAAUUUUAAUUAA